CUUCCUCCUGCAUCCCUCCUUCCUGCAUCCCUCCUCCAGCAUCCCUCUCUCCACUCCUCCCUCCUGCAUCCCUCCCUCCUACAUCGGUCCCGCGUGUAUCCCUCCUCCUGCAUCCCUCCCUCCUGCAUCCCUCUUUCCACCCCUCCCUCCUGCAUCCCUCCUCCUCCAUCCCUCUCUCCACCCUUCCCUCCUCCCUCUGCCUGCGCAGAGCCGCGGACAUGGCGCUCAGCAAUUUCCUCUUCGCUCAGUGCAUCUGCUAUUUCCUGGCCUUCCUCUUCAGCUUCAUCGUGGUGGUGCCACUCUCCGAGAAUGGCAACGACUUCCACGGCCGCUGCCUGCUCUUCACCGAGGGCAUGUGGCUCAACGCCAACCUGACGGUGGAGCGGCAGCGCUUCACGGUGCAGGAGUGGGGGCCCGAGGCCGCCUGCCGCUUCAGCAUCUUCACCGGGCUCCUGUCCCUGCUGCUGGCCACAGUGCAGGCCUGGAGGACCCUCUUCUUCCUCUGCAAAGGGCACGAGGACUCUUUCUUUUACGCCUUCCUGAAUCUGCUGAUCAGCGCCUUUGUGGUGUUCAUCACAUUUAUUGCCAGCACUAUAGUGAGUGUAGGAUUUAACAUGUGGUGUGAUGCAAUUACUGAAAAAGGAAGCAUGCCAAAUAGCUGUGAAGAAUUGCAGGAUAUAGAUCUUGAGCUGAACUUGGAAAACUCUGCUUUCUAUGACCAAUUUGCUAUUGCACAGUUUGGUCUCUGGGCUGCCUGGCUGACCUGGCUGGCAAUUACCAUCCUGGCUUUCCUGAAGGUUUAUCACAACUACAGGCAGGAGGAUCUGCUAGACAGCCUGAUCCAUGAGAAGGAGCUGCUGCUAGGAAGAUCCCCUUCACGAUCCUCUUUGCAAGAUGACAAAAGUGGCAUGAUCUAAAGUGUAAGCAAAUUUCCAGGGCAGGAUCUACAUUUUAUUAUUCAGUAAUGUGAGCUGAAGUUGAGUCAGGGUAUUGAGUGUGUGAGAUCUUUUCUUUUCCUGAAAUGAAACGUAAUUGUGAAUUACUCACUUCCCCCAUGAGAAAUUGUUGUCAGAAAUACUGAUAUUAAGAUAAAGAGAAUGAACUGCUCUAUGUGCCUGUGGCACAGCAAAAUUUCUGUCCUGUGCAGGCAAAAUUUGUAACCUGCCCUUGUCAGCUGAGCUCCCACGUGCCAUCGCUGGCUUUUGGGACAGGGGCCAUUUCUGAGGACUGAGCUGGCAAGACCAGGCUACAGCAUUCAGGCUAUUUUUUCAAACCAUUCUUCAACAAUAGAUGUAACUGGAGCUGCAUUCAGUCCCCCCUCUCUCCCUCUCCUCCCUUUUGCCAGUGGAGCUGCCCCUUGUGGUGUUUUUAUCCUGGGAAGCUGCAGCUCUGGUUUGGGGGCUCUCGCUGUCUCUGCUUUUGCUGUGUGUGGAUGCAGUGCUGACAAACAUGUUGCUCCUGCUCUGAUUUUAUUUCAAACAUAGAGACCUGUGUUCCAGAC